AUGAAGUUUCUUCUCUCUCUUGUGGGAGUUUCCACCUUGAGCACCUUUGGAGCUGCUUCACUUCUUCCUCCCAUCUGGAAUCCAUUGGACCCCAGGUUCAACGAUUGGCAACCUGCAGGCCCCGAUGACUCUCGUGGACCUUGUCCCGGCCUCAAUUCACUUGCCAACCAUGGUUUCUUACCUCGCAGCGGCAAAAAUCUUACCGUAAUCGACCUUCUUCGCGGUACCUACGAGGGGCUUGGUCUCUCGCCAGAGAUCUCGAUCGCUAUAGGUGCAGCUGAGCUCAUCAAGUCAUACAGGCUGGCAGCUUUUGACCUCCAUGAGCUGUCCAACCAUGGAUUCGUCGAACACGACUGCAGUUUCGCAAGAGCAGACUUUGGGGAUGGCGAUAACAAUGACUUUAACGAGACAAUCUGGUCUGUCCCCUUGGAAGUUCUCAAGAACUAUCCUAUUAUCACCCCUCAGGCACUGGGAGAAGCUAGGGCGGCAAGAGAUGCAUAUGAUAUUGCCCACAACCCCAACAACCAGUGUGGCGCCCGUUCCGUUGUAUUCGGCGCCUUGGAGAACGGUCUCCUGAUACAGACUCUGGGAGGAAAACCUAAGCUCGAAUGGGUUCGAAGCAUAUUUGAGCAGCAGAGAAUCCCGACGAACCUCGGAUUCCAUCCUAUACCCAUCAUACUAAACAAUCUCGCCGGGAUCGUCGCUGUUGGUCUUGAAACCCUCGUGGCUCAGCCCAAUGUAACCGACAUCCUGGGUAAUGUUGUCAUUAAAACUCCAGCGGACCUUUUGGCUGAGGUUUUCCCCAUCAAAGACUAUGAUUUGUCUUAUAUUCUGGAGGUUCUUGGCUUGGCAGGGUUUCCUUCCAUUACUCUAUCUUCUUUGACAGAUCUUCUUGGAUAG